UUCAGACUGCUGCAGCCUCAGAUUUGGCGAUCGCCAUGAGUUUGGAAGCGCUUCGGUACCGCAGGGGAUUCCUGCAGAUUCUCAACCAGCUUCUGCUGCCUCAUCAGACUGUCUAUGAGGAAAUAAGCAGCGUUCGCCAGGGCUGGGAAGCCAUUCGGUCUAUGAAGGUGCGAGGCGCUCCAGCCAUUGCUAUUAUAGGUUGUCUGAGUUUGGCAGUGGAAUUGCAUAAUAAAAGAAAUGAAGAGCUGAGUUUGGGUAAUCUGGAGAUUUUUGUGUUGGACUCACUAAGCUACUUAAUAAGUGCCAGACCUACUGCUGUCAACAUGGCCCGGGCAGCUCAGGAGUUGAGACACCUUGUCCAGCAGGAGGCAAAACAUGAAGGGACUACUCCAGAGAGUUUACGAGAAAGCGUGAUCAACUGGGCAGAAGCAUUGCUGGGCAAAGACCUGGAAGACAACAAAAGCAUUGGGGAACAUGGAGCUUACCAUCUCUUGCAACGGGUGGGGCAGGACAAAGUGAGAGUCCUGACUCACUGCAAUACCGGCUCAUUGGCCACUGCUGGUUAUGGCACUGCACUUGGUAUCAUUCGCUCAUUACAUGCCAUGGGUCGUCUGGAGCAUGUUUAUUGCACUGAAACACGACCAUACAAUCAGGGGGCCCGGCUGACUGCUUAUGAAUUAGUAUAUGAGCAGGUGCCUUCAACACUCAUUGCUGAUAGCAUGGCUUCCUUGGCAAUGAAAGAAAAAAAGAUAUCAGCUGUCAUUGUGGGAGCAGACAGGGUUGUUGCUAAUGGAGACACUGCCAAUAAAGUUGGUACUUAUCAGCUGGCAAUUGCUGCAAGAUACCAUGGGAUUCCCUUCUAUGUGGCAGCCCCCAGCACUUCCUGUGACCUGCAAUUAAAACAUGGAGGGCAGAUCGUUAUUGAGGAGCGGCCAAGCCAGGAACUAACAGACAUCAAUGCUGUCCGAAUUGCUGCACCAGGCAUUGGUGUUUGGAAUCCAGCCUUUGAUGUCACACCUCAUGAACUGAUAACUGGUGGUAUUGUCACUGAGUUUGGGGUCUUUCCUCCUGCUGAACUUCAAGCAGCCCUGACACGUGAAGUGUAUAACAUAUAAAGAACCUGAGUUAAGUUGUUUCCAGAUAGGGUGUGAAUGUAAUCUUCAACAAUUGUUACUAGGGCUUCUUUCCCUAAUCUGCAAUCUUCCAGAUGUUUGGGAUACAGAAUUUUGUACAACUGAAAAUUGUAGUCCCAGUAUCUCUGAAUACCACUGAGGUUUGGAGAAAUUGUACUAGAAACUUUUGAGUUUGGUGGGAAUGCUUGAUAUUUCUGCAAUGUUGUUACUAAACAUUCAUUUGCACAUUCAGAAAAUUAAAUCAUGUUUGCUUCUUGA